AUGGUCGGCAUUCCAACCUCUCGUGGCUGCGAUGCCUGUCGAAAGAGGAAGAAGAAGUGUGAUGCCGUGACAGACGCUUGUUCCUAUUGCCGGAAAGCCAAUGUCCCAUGCGUCGGAUACGGCCAGCAGCGCUACAACUUUCGAGACGAAGGCCCGAGUCUUCGACGACGAUAUCCUGGAUCGGGUCCCCUGGCUGUCAGGAUCACCGCAGGACAUCAGCUGUCAAACACAUUCAUUGUGACAUUAGCCCGGGAGCCGUCCAACGAAAUUGACCUAUUGUCCAAGGCCCUCAUUAGCAAAGCUCUACCCUCUGUCGAAAUCAAUUACCACCUCGUCAUGAAUUUUGGAGGCUUUCUACGCGAAAUCCCCAGGCGCUUAGGCACACAUGUAGCUCUCGAUAGGGCUGCUUGUGUCCUCGUUGCUGCUCAUACUGACUACUGCGCGGGCCACCUGAAUCCUUCAACCGAUACGCUUGUCAAAUACUCUGCCGCCUUGAGGGCUCUAGCUCAAUGUUUGGACGAUCCAGUCCAGAAUUCCACAUCGGAAACACUUUGCACGGUCAUGCUGCUGUCCAUUUGCCGGAUUUUCAUACGCGACAAUGAAUCUUUAGCAAAUCAUUUUGUCGGUGCCUCACAUAUCCUCAAAAGGCGAGGCCUCUUGCGCCCAAGAGAUGAGUUCGAGAAACAAAUUCUACUCACUCUCAGGGGUCCUAUGGCGAUCGAAGCUAUCACAGACGAUAGAAUACAAUUUACAUCAGAGGAGUGGCGCACAAUCGCAACCAUAGGGCUAGAUGGCCGUGUCAUCGAUGGCGAUGUCAUGAUCUGUUUAGCCCAAUUGCCAAACCUAAUGGCAAGAGCCAGGCUAAUCAUCACCCAACCCGAAACCAUUUCCAACUCCGAGAUCCUAGGCGUGCAAUCAGAAUUGAUCGAGCUGCAAAAGACAUACGAGCCAGUACUCAAAAGGCUGCGGGAGCGUUGGGAAUACAUACUGCGGAAGUUCUCAGGCUCAAGUUCCCAAAGAAGCGAGCAGCAACGUAUGGUACACUGCCAUUAUGGCCGCAUGUUCGCCUUUGGUCUCACGAUCAGCAUGCUCAUCAACUUCAUCCGCGCAAACAUCAUCAUCGGCGACGACGCUUUCUACCUAGUAAAUGAAAACACACGCAUGUCGUACCAGAUCCUCGAACUCGCCGAAUCACUUGUCACGUACCGACCGCUCGGCAGCAUUGCAAUGACACUAUUCCUCAGUGCUGCUGCGAUCUGCACCAAAGAUCCCCGAGUCAAGGACAGGAUUGAAGCUAUGUACUCGAUCUUCAACCAGGACGUGUAUGGCUGCCGCGAGACUUCGGGAUCGUUGGCGGAGAGGGGAUCGUGGUCAAGGCAAGAGGGGCUGCCGUGCCUGCCGUGGACGAACACGUCCAUGAUGGAGAACUGUGUUUUUACAUGUACGACAGAGAUGAAUAGCUUUGUGUCGCAGAUGGCGAUGGCUGCGGCUCGUUGA